AUGAGCGACGCCGACGACACGGAGGUCGAUGUGUCGUUGCCACGGCGUACGGUCUCACUUACGCUGGCGGCAGUGUCUACCGUGGCUGUGAUGUUUCUCGGAGGAGGUUUCUACUAUGGCCUGACCACGCAGAAGAAGGCGCUCGUGGAGGAGGAAAAGAGCUUUGGCAAGACGCCAAAGUGUACGAAGGAGUUCAAGCCCAAGUCUGCGAGCUUCUUCGAGCGCAAAUUAGCGCUGAAUAAGCCUCUGCCGCCGGGCACGGCAGCGUGGAAGGCUCUGCUGGGAGUAACGGUGGUGUCGGUGGCGGGAUGCUGUGUUGUAGUGGGUGGCGCAGCUGCUUGUCUUGGACUGACGAAUAUAAAUGAGCUCCAGAAACGACUGCAGAAAACUUCACGGGUUCAGAGUACACUGUUGUCCAAGCAUCUUGAUGUUCAAGAUGGUGAAGCAAUAGAUGUAAGCGUCGUGGCUGGUGAAGUGAAGGAAGGUCAAGUCGAGCAAGCAAGUGAAGAGAUUGCAGUCUCUUGA